AAUAAAUUUAAAACCAUGAAGAACCACACUCCAUACCAGUCGGUGGCGGUAAUGCACACCUCAAAGUUAUUUGCCAAGCGUCAAAAAAUAAUACCAGAAAAAGAAGAAGGUUCGUUGUGGAGUGAGUCAAGUGGACUGUUUUUAGCGACGCAGGCGAUGACCAACCCGGAGCAAAUUGCCAAACUCUACAGAGAGCUCAGCCUCUUUCCCUCUUUAAGCAGAGCAGACGUGGGACCCGUAAUCACCUCUCAGUAUGGAGGCAAAUACAGCAACAUAUACACAGAGUGGAGCCAGCGUGAUCUGGAGAGGAAUGACAAUGUGAAAUUUUGCAGACAAUACAUUGUAUUCCAUGAUGACAAGUCGGUGGUCUACUCUGGUGCUUCCGGAAACUGCACUGAAAUCAAAGGAGAAGUUCUAAGUAAGGACUCUCCCUCUGGUGAAAUGAAGGCAGUUAUCAGAGAAUGCACAGUCAAAGGAGAGGAAAAGCAGUUUCUAGAGAUCUGGAGUAAAAACAUCAAGGUGAAGAGCAUCAACCUAACGGCCUUAAAGAAACAUGGCAAAGUCUAUGAGGAUGAUCAGUUUGGCAGCUUGGUUUGGUCGCACUCUGAAACCCACCUCUUGUAUGUUGCGGAGAAAAAGAGGCCUGAGGCUAAAUCUUUCUUCCAGACAGAGUUGCCUGACUUGUCUUCCAAUGAAGAUGAGGAGGAGAGCAUGAGGAUGGAGAAAAAAGACACAGUAAAAGGGGAGCAGUUUGUCUACUAUGAGGACUGGGGAGAGGCCUUAGUCAGCAAAAGCUGUCCAGUCCUCUGUGUUUUGGACAUAGAGGGUGACAAUGUGUCUGUGUUGGAAGGAGUGCCUGACAGCAUCUCACCCGGACAGGCAUUUUGGGCUCCAGGCGACACAGGUGUGGUGUUUGUAGGCUGGCGGCAUGAGCCUUUCAGACUAGGCCUGAAGCACUGCCCCAAUCGAAGGUCGUCUUUGUUUUAUGUGGACUUGACGGGCGGGAGAUGUGAGCAGCUUUCAUCAGACACCAGUGCAGUGUAUUCCCCAAGGCUGAGUCCAGAUCGGUGCCGAAUUGUCUAUCUAGAAUGUUCUGUAUAUGGGCCGCACAUGCAGUGCAGCAAGCUCUGUAUGUACGACUGGUACACUAAGAAGACCUCAGUGGUUGUGGAUGUCAUUGGACGACCAAGAGAAGACGGCUUCACUGGCAUCUACAGCAGCCAGCUGUCGCCACAGUGCUGGUCAGCUGACAGUCAGCGUGUUGUUGUUGCGUGCCCUCAGCGCAGUCGAAAGGACCUCUUGGUGGUGGACACAAGCACAGGAAGCAUCACCUCUCUAACUGCACAGUCUGAAAUUGGUAACUGGUGUCUGCUGAACAUUGUGCGAGAUCUGAUGGUGGUCAGCUGCUCCUCUCCUAAUUGCCCUCCAUUUCUGAGGGUGGGCUUCCUUCCAGGAAAAGAUUCCCAGGAGGAAGUGGUCUGGAUUACCUUGGAAGAGUCUCAGACUUUACCAGACAUUGACUGGCAGAUAAGGACUUUCACUCCUCCAGCAGAACAAGACAACAGCCAAUACCCGGGCCUUGACUUUGAAGCUGUGUUGGUUAAACCAAAAGAAGUAAAGGAAGGAGUGAAGCUACCUCUGAUUGUCCUCCCUCAUGGCGGUCCGCACUCUGUGAUUGUAGCCGAAUGGAUUCUGUCUGCCUCUGUGCGCUGCAGGAUGGGCUUUGCUGUAUUACUGGUAAACUAUCGUGGAUCUCUUGGGUAUGGCCAGGACAGCAUCCUCUCACUACUGGGCAACGUGGGUUCCCAGGAUGUUAAAGAUGUUCAGUUUGCUGUUGAAAGUGUUCUGCAAAGUGAAGAGUUUGACAUGCAGAGAGUGGCAGUGUCUGGGGGCUCCCAUGGGGGGUUUCUAGCCUGUCACCUAAUUGGCCAGUAUCCAAGCUUCUACAAGGCCUGCGUGGCUCUCAAUCCUGUCACCAAUCUUGCCUCCAUGAUUGGCAGCACGGAUAUCCCAGACUGGUGUAUCGUUGAGGCUGGAUAUGAUUAUAGUCCCGAUUGUCUCCCUGAUCCUGCUGUUUGGGAGCAGAUGUUAAACAAGUCCCCUAUUAAAUACGUCCCUCAGGUUCGGACCCCAGUGCUUCUUAUGUUGGGGGAAAAUGACAAGCGUGUCCCUAACAAGCAAGGAAUUGAAUACUACAAAGCUCUGAAAGCAAAGCAGAUCCCAGUUCGGUUGCUGUGGUACCCUGGAAACAACCACUCUCUUUCCAAGGUGGACGCUGAAUCAGAUGGUUUCGUGAACAUCGCUUUGUGGAUAAUUCAACACUUGAGUCUGUGAUGAUAAAUUAGUGAGGGUAGCUGUAAUGUGCAGAAGGACACUACUUGGUGUAUGUGAGGUUACUUUUCGGUUUUAUGGUUCAAGCCAAAGCAGUGAUAAUUGAUCUCCAGCCAGAAUACACCCUAACUGUGGGUAUUGUUACUAUUGUGGAUGGAAUCAAACGAUAAUACAGCACUUAAAUAAAAAACAGAUUUGAUUCAAUAGAAACAGAUUGAUGCUGACCUUGUUUUUAUCUGUCAUUCAAAUCAGAAAACACAACAAGAGCUUUUUCAUUCUUUGGACCUUCUUUGUGAUUGAUUAUAAAUCCUAUUCUUUUAUUAUAGUGUUUUUUUUUUAGAGAUUUUUAUUCCUUUGGAUAAUUUUAUUUUUUGAGUUAAAUCUACUCUUUCGAAUGUGCUAUAUUGCGAACUUAAUAAAAUAGUUGUAAAAAAUG